GGCUGUGGCGUCCCUUAAAGCGCGGCGCGGGGCGGGGCGCGGGGGGGUCAGUGCGGGACGUGGCGGUGGAGUGGAGGUGGGAGGGAGCGGCGCCAUGACCCGCGGGAACCAGCGCGAACUGGCGCGGCAGAAGAACCUGAAGAAGCAGAGCGACUCGGGCAAGGGCAAGCGGCGGGACGACGGGCUCUCGGCUGCAGCCCGCAAGCAGAGGGACUCGGAGAUCAUGCAGCAGAAGCAGAAGAAGGCCGAUGAGAAGAAGGAGGGCAACAAGUAACGGGAGGCCGCGCUGGGCUGCCGCCCCAGGGCCGGUCCCGCCGGCAGGAUGCCCCGCGCCGCCCCAGACCGGGUCCCGCCGGGACCCCCGGCAUCGCCCCGCGCCCUGCGGCGCCGUCCCCUAUUAAAGUAGCUGUGGAGCCCUGCA